GCCGAGACUCUACGUAUUAAAUUAAAAUCUACAAGAGUGGCCACAAUAUGUUGGUAUUUACUUAGAUAUGCAUUGACUUUUUUUGGGAGGAGAAUUAAGUGGAUGAUAUCGCUGCCCGCCUAUAAAUUCCUUAUCUUUCAUUUCAGUUGAUUGUGUUAUCUCAGUUUCGCCAUUUAGAUCAGGUGGUGGUAAAUUUGAAGGGUAAAAAUGGGUCAGGCAUUCUGCUGCAUUCAGGUUGAGCAAUCUUCUGUUGCUAUCAAGGAACAAUUUGGAAAGUAUGAUGAAGUGCUCGAGCCAGGGUGCCAUUGCCUGCCAUGGAUUUCUGGUAAGCGCGUAGCAGGCUAUCUCACUCUCCGGUUGCAGCAGUUGGAUGUGCGAUGUGAGACGAAGACAAAGGAUAAUGUUUUCGUUAACGUUGUGGCAUCUAUUCAAUAUCGUGUCCUGUCUAACAAGGCGAGCGACGCUUAUUACAAACUGAGUAACGCAAAAUCUCAGAUUCAAGCUUAUGUGUUUGAUGUAAUCAGAGCCAGUGUUCCGAAGCUCAAUCUCGACGAUGCUUUUGAGCAGAAGAAUGAGAUAGCAAGAGCUGUGGAAGAGGAACUUGAGAAGGCCAUGUCAGCGUAUGGCUAUGAAAUCGUGCAGACGCUGAUUGUUGAUAUUGAGCCAGACGAGCACGUGAAGCGAGCCAUGAAUGAAAUCAACGCAGCUGCGAGGCUAAGGAUGGCUGCGAAUGAGAAAGCAGAAGCGGAGAAGAUUAUCCAAAUAAAGCGUGCAGAGGGGGAAGCAGAAGCCAAGUAUCUGUCAGGUCUCGGUAUAGCUCGCCAGAGGCAAGCAAUCGUAGACGGUCUGAGGGACAGUGUUAUCGGCUUCUCCGUGAAUGUGCCAGGGACGACGGCAAAGGAUGUGAUGGACAUGGUCUUAAUCACGCAGUACUUUGAUACCAUGAAGGAGAUCGGCGCGGCCUCCAAGUCUUCAUCCGUGUUCAUCCCACACGGGCCCGGGGCCGUCAAGGAUAUCGCCACUCAGAUCCGCGACGGGUUGCUUCAAGCUUCUCAGCACUAAUUGCCAUCAAAUUUGUGUCCAUUUGUCCAGUGUGUGGAUCUUUAUUUGUCUUCUUUGGUGCUGCUCUCUAGUUCUGAAGCGUGUGAAGGGUCUGGGGACGCCUAUAAAGCGUCUCUGUUUCAUAUUUAGGGUGUGAAAGAAUGCAGUGUGUUUGGGGUGUGUUUAUGUUUGUCUAAUACGGUUAAGUGUUAUGCUUGAUAAUAUUUUCUUUUGGCUAAAAAGACAAAUCAUGUUUUACUUUUUGAAUUGUUGUUGAA